GGCUCAAGCCAUCUUGGCUGUCGCACCAGCCUUCCAGGGGAGUGCCGCAGCUCUUCGAAGCGACGAUGGUCAGGUCAAAGAUCGCGGCAUGCAUAGUCGGCAUUGUAGCCACGUCUUGUGUAGACACGGACUGCGUGUCGUGCACGGAGGACCAUGGGUGCGCUUGGAACCAAUCGUCGAAAACUUGCUCCCGCCGAUUCGCGUCGGAUGAUUGUCCGGGGUGCGAGGACGUGUAUCGAAGACGCAUAUGGCGAACCACGGCCGCCCCCUGCGUUUGGAAGAAACGCCCAUGCAGCCAAACGUGUGGCCGAAGUCUGGCCAAGCCAUCGGGCCAUGGGCUCCCCCAGCCGCUGUGGAACCACUGGAGAGGGGAAGAGAAGGGAUGGGGAGAGGGAAGGCGAGGAAAGCUAUGACGAGCCUCCGGAAAACAAAGAGGAAGCCCACGGGGAACGCGCGCGAGGAGCUCAGCGCCACGCCCUUGAUCGCGCGCAGGAGCGCACGGAACGCAGGGAUGUGGCGAUGGGCCAACUUUCCACCGCCGCUGCCAUGGGUAGGACGGGGGAGAAGGGAGGAUGGGGAGGUCCUCCUCGUCCUCCUCCUCCUCCUCCUCCUCCUCCUCCUCCUCGUCCUCCUCGUCCUCCUCGUCCUCGUCCUCCUCCUCCUCGUCCUCGUCCUCGUCCUCCUCCUCUUUUUCUCCUUUCCCUAUCUAUGGUAG